UCCCGGGCGCCGGGUCCCAGCGUCGGGAGGCGGCCGGGCCCACCCUGGCCGCCUGGCACCCCUGGGCGGGACUGCGAGGCCCCGCGGGGCGGGCUGGCAGGGCACCCCGAGCGCGCCACGCGGCGCCUGGUGGGGAGGGCGGCGGGGCGGCGCGGAGCCGGCUCCUCCUCUCCUCGGCCUCCUCCUCCUCGUCCUCCUCGGCCUCCUCCUCCUCCCUCCUCUCUCCUCCUCCUCCUCCUCCUCGCCUUCCUCCCGCUCAGCCGCCGCGCGGCCGGGCCGCUCCCCCUUCCUCGCCGGGCGCCCGCGGAGAUGUUCAACCGCGCGGUGAGCCGGCUGAGCAGGAAGCGGCCGCCGUCAGACAUCCACGACAGUGAUGGGAGUUCCAGCAGCAGCCAUCAGAACCCCAAGAGCACAGCCAAGUGGGCGGCCUCUCUGGAGAAUCUGCUCGAAGACCCGGAAGGCGUGAAAAAAUUUCGGGAAUUUUUAAAAAAGGAAUUCAGUGAAGAAAAUGUUUUAUUUUGGUUAGCCUGCGAAGAUUUUAAGAAAACACAAGAUAAGAAGCAGAUGCAGGAAAAGGCCAAGGAGAUCUACUCGACCUUCCUGUCCAGCAAGGCCUCGUCGCAAGUCAACGUGGAGGGGCAGUCCCGGCUCAACGAGAAGAUCCUGGAGGAGCCGCAUCCCCUCAUGUUCCAGAAGCUCCAGGACCAGAUCUUCAACCUCAUGAAGUACGACAGCUACAGCCGCUUCCUCAAGUCCGACCUGUUCCUGAAGCACCAGCGGACGGAGGAGGAGGAGGAGGAGGAGCCGCCCGACAGCCAGACGGCAGCCAAGCGCGCGUCGAGAACGUACAACACCUGAGCCGCCGCCCCGCCCCCGCCCCGGCCGCCGGCACGGCCGCUCCCGUGGACGAGGGACCCCCUCGGGACCGUGCAGGGGUGGGGUCGCUUUACUGUCUGCCAGGACCCAGACGUACAAAGCCCGUCGGUGGGAUCUGUGUAUUCUAUUAACGGCCUGGCCAGUGAGGGUUGCAUGAUGGCCAGUCUUACGUAGAAAACACACACACACACACACACACACACACACACACACUGCUUUGAAGUUCACAAGCUCAUCGUGGUGGGCGGAGUCCUUAGACACUGGACACGGAGCGUUUUGCAGUUUGAUUAAACGUCAUGCGAGGCCACCAGGCAACACGU